AGUAUAACAGAAAAAAAUCUUUAAAUAAACUACAUCUAAAGAAUUGAAAAAAAAGAAAGAAAUUAAACGGGUGAAUACUAUGGACAACAUGUAAAUUUAUUGUUUUAUUCAAUUUGAUUUACAAAAAUGCGUACACUUUUAUAUUUGAGAUUCAAAGUUUUGUUUAUUCUGGCACUGUUUGGCUACUGUCACGGAGGCUGUACGUACAGUGAUAUCAACACGGGCCUGAAUAACUGUGUGGACGCUGCUACUACAUCAACAACCGUAAGAUGGUUCUUUCCUCACGGAACACUAGCACAACAAGCAGAAUUCUGUCAGAGUAGUGCUCAGACAACUUUGGCUACAUGCAUCAACAACAUAUUCUCGGCCUGCAAGCUUGAGGCGAAAAGUUUAAAAAUGUUCGGCACCACUGGGGAUAACCUAAUUAAUGCAUACACUAAUUUAUGCUCUUCAUCCUUAGUCACGGAUGCCCAAGCAUGUAUGUCAGUUGUAUCAGCGACGGCAACGUUCAACGCGGCGGAGACGACAUUCAUCAGUAGAGUAGCCGCUCUUCCUGACGCCGCCACAAAUAUAGAAAUAUGCGGAUUAGCAACAUCGAUGGAGUACGUUGCCUACAACACACUAUUGUCUGUUCCAUGCACAGAGCCCUCUCACCUUGCAGUCUGGGCCAGUUUCUUCGCAACUGUAAUGGACACGUACGCUUGCACGUGUCUGGCAUCAACAUAUCAACUCAGUCACGUGAUCAUGUUACUAACUGUGUUGCUUGGAUGCUACUAUAACGUCGUGACCAGAAUUGUGACGUCAUAAAUAUCAGCAUAGAUUUAAUGACUCAAAUGAUUGUAUCGAUCGUUUAGGAAAUUGACUUUAUUGUAUUAUGCUUUAUACUUAAAUAAGUUUUUCGUUUAACACUAAAUUUGUUUUAUCUAUUAAUCACACACCCUUGCCGAUUUUUCGUCUCCAUAAAAAUGGUAUUGGCGGCUGUUUAUAUAUUUUGAUGUGACGUCGUUUAAUUGAGUUAUACUAUAGACGCGUCUAUAUAUAGAGGAUAUUGAAUGAGUGUAUGUUUAAUACUGAUUUUAUUGAACAAGUUGAAUAAAUGAUAGUUUGCGAGCCUCUGGCGAGCAUGAUAUUAUUUUAUUCAACGAGUUCAGAAAGACUAUUUAAGUGAUAAGGCGUCAUUUUUUU